GCUUUUAUAGGUGGUGAAAUGGGCAUUCUUGAUACGAGAGAUGAUGAGGAAUACCCAAAGCCUGGGGACCUGAUUGAGAUCAAAUGGGCACCUUUGCUGCACUGGGCCCUCUAUGUGGGAGGUGGAUAUGUCAUCCAUGUGACACCUGUAGAUGAAGGAGCCCCAUCUCUGUCAGGCAGCAGUGACACAAGACGCAUGAGAAAGGCCAAGGUGAAGAAGGAGCUCCUGAGGGAGGUGGCCAGAAAUAAGAAAUGGCGUGUUAACAACGAGUGUGACUGUCACCACCCUCCUCUGCCCAUGGAGGAGAUCAUCUGGCAUGCUGAGGGUUGUGUUGGCAAGGAGAUGACAUAUGAUGAAUUGAAAUUCAAAUCUGUGGAUUUUCUGAGCAAACUUCGACAUGUUGGUCUGUUUAGAGCUUUUGAAGGUGGUAAAAUUCACCGUCAUGAUUCGAUAAAUCGCAAAUACCUCCCCAUCCCUGGGGACCUGAUUGAGAUCAAGCGUCCAUUUUACCAGCACUGGGCCAUCUACGUGGGAGGUGGAUAUGUCAUCCAUGUGACACCUAUAGAUGAGAUUUCCAGGAGCAGUCCAAAAAACAUCAUUUCAUCAAGCCGUGGAGAGGCAGUGGUGAGGAAAGACCUCCUGGAGGAGGUGGUUAAACAUAGAUGGUGGUGGUGUGUCAAUAACAAAUAUGACGAGUACCGCAAUCCUUUCCCUGUGGAGGAGAUCAUCCGGCGUGCUGAGAGCGAGAUUAACAAACAGACUACGAAACCAGUGCCCUAUCGUUUGUUGUACAAGAACUGUGAGCACUUUGUGACCAAGCUCCGCUAUGGAGAGCCAUUCUCUGACCAGGUGAGUGGCCCAGGGUGA